CGGUCUCCAAAUCUUUAUUAAUUGCUUCCUGAUCAAAACCCCCUCUUGGCUCCCUCCCUUUCCUCUCUCUCUCUCUCUCUCUCUCCUCCUCUUCUCUUCUUCUACCUCUCUCCCUCCCCAUGUGAGUGAUCCCCUCGUUCCUGCUUGUGUUACAUGUGAUCAUGCACAGGUAGGUAGCGAGGCAGAAACUUAGCUAGCCUGUCGUCUCGGCGAGAGGAAGCUAGCUGGAGCUGCAGGAGGCCAUGGAUGGUGCUGCAGUGGCAGCAGAAGCAGGCGGCGGCGGCGGCGGCGGAGGUCACCGCCGCCUCAUCGGCUCGAGGAUCGAGGAGCACCGCAAGUACAUGUCGGAGUCGAGCUGCUGCCCCAGGUGCGGCCACAAGAUCGACCGGAAGCUGGAUUGGGUGGGGCUGCCGGCCGGUGUGAAGUUCGACCCGACGGAUCAGGAGCUGAUCGAGCAUCUCGAGGCCAAGGUCCGGCCGGGCGGCGCGGCGGCGGUGGCGCUGCCGCCGCACCCGCUCAUCGACGAGUUCAUACCCACCAUUGAAGGGGAGGAUGGCAUCUGCUACACCCACCCUGAGAAAUUACCAGGCGUCAGCAAGGAUGGCCUGAGCAGGCACUUCUUCCACCGGCCGUCCAAGGCGUACACCACCGGCACCCGCAAGCGCCGCAAGAUCCAGCCGCCGGCCGCCGCCGCAGCUGUCGACGCCCCUGCCUCCGGCGCCGCCUCGCCCGGCGGCAAUGAAUCGUCGUCGUCGUCGGCGGCGCGUCAGCAGCAGCAGCAGCAUCCGCAGCAGAGGAGCGAGACGAGGUGGCACAAGACCGGGAAGACGCGGCCGGUGGUGGUCGGCGGGCGGCAGCGCGGGUGCAAGAAGAUCCUGGUGCUCUACACGAACUUCGGGAAGCACCGCAAGCCGGAGAAGACCAAUUGGGUGAUGCACCAGUACCACCUCGGCGAGGCCGAGGAGGAGCGCGACGGCGAGCUCGUCGUCUCCAAGAUCUUCUACCAGACGCAGCCGAGGCAGUGCGGCGCCGGGGACGCCGCCGCCGCCACCGCCUCGGCGUCAGUCGUCGCGCCUGGUGCCGGGACCGGCAGGAGGUCGACGGAGAGGGACCGUGCUGUAGCUGCUGCUGCGGCGGCGGCAGCUGCAGCAGCGGUGGCGCCAAUGGCUUCCUCUAACGUCGUCAACGCAGCGGCGUUCCACAGCGGCGCCAUUGAUGAAUUCAGCUUCGCGCAGUUCAGGAGUAGCUUCGAGGAGGCGGGAAUGGGAGCGUCGUCGUCAGAUCACCAAAGUGGCAGGGCUGAUGACGAGCGAGUGCUGCGCCACCAUCACCAGCAGCAGCACCAUCACGACGACGAGCAGGACCACCGCCGGCGGGGUCACCACUACGUCGGGCAGCAGCAGUGCGUGGCGGCGACGUUCCACGUCGUCAGCUCGCCGGCGGACCCCAUCGCCACGCUGAUCUCGCCGCCGCCGGCUCACCAGGGCACCGUCAUGCUCCGGCAGCCAGAGCCGCCGUACUAUCACCAGCAGGAGGAUGAACGGCCACACCAACCGAGGAAGUUUGAUGGGAGGUCAACCUCUGGACUGGAGGAGGUGAUCAUGGGCUGCACCUCAAGGCGCUCUAAAGGAGGGGAAACAUCAGGUGGUAAGGAUGGCACAGAAUGGCAGUACCCAUCCUUCUGGCCAUCUGACAGCCAGGAUCAUCAUGGGUAAAAGAGCAAACGUAUCUUAGCUGCACCUUGAGUAGCCAAUCUCGGAGAGGCAACCAAAAGCAACAACCAGAACCCUAACAACAUCAUUGCUACCAUGAUAGG